CUUAGUCCCGGCCGGACACCGGUGCCGCGGCACUUAGGUUCCGAGCGGGCGGAAGGACAAGGGGGUGACACCUCCCCUCCGUUCCGCCGCCCGGUCCCCGCUCCCCGUCCCGCUCCCGUCGCCGUCCCGGUUCAUGUCCCCGUCCCUGUCCAUGUCGCGGGCGGGGAACGAUGGCAUCGCCGCGCUGGAGCGGGCCGGGGCGGAGACGUUGAAGCGGGCGGUGCAGCUGGACGUGGCGUCCCGGUUCCAGGAGUCGCUGGUGUGUUACCAGGAGGGCAUCGACCUGCUGCUGCAGGCGAUGAAAGCCACGACUGAUGAGGCGAAAAAGCAGCGCUACCAGCAGAAGAUAUCCGAGUACCUGACCAGGGCCGAGGACAUUAAAGAACACAUUAAGAAAGAAGAUGGCAAAUACCAUAAGCAAAUCAGGAUAGUAGAAAAUGCAACAGGAUUUGGUUAUGAAAAGCUUUUCCAGGAGUACCUCACUGAGAAAGUUUCUGAAGUUUGGGUGGAGGACCCGUACAUUCGCCAGGUUCAUCAGUUGUAUAACUUUCUACGAUUCUGCGAGAUGCUAGUUAAGGGGCCUUGCAAGGUGAAAACAAUCCACCUCCUCACUUCCUAUGAUGAGGGUAGUGGGAGGAUUCAACAGAUGACUGUCUUGGAAGAAAUAAAACAGUCAUUGAGUAAUUAUGGAGUAACACUGAAUAUUGACUUUUCGUCUUCAAUACAUGAUCGAGAAAUCAGAUUCAACAAUGGGUGGAUGAUUAAGAUUGGAAGGGGUCUUGAUUAUUUUAAGAAACCACAGGGUCGUUUCAGCAUUGGAUACUGUGACUUUGACUUGAGACCUUGUCAUGAAACAACAGUGGAUAUCUUUAAUACUAAACACACCAAGAAAAUGUGAUCAGAAAUGACUGCUUUUAAUAAGUGUUUUUAUAAGCAUAAAAAUGUAAGACUGAAAGAUGUUGCUUGAGUCCAGCUGGUUGCCCACAGAAGCAACUCUUCUAAGUACUUAGUGCAGCACGGCUUUUAAAAUCUGUAUGUUUUAGAAUGUUUGAGACUUUCCAGUCUGAGAAAACAAAACUGCAUGAUUCCUUCAUUGUACUUCUUCUGUAAUCUUAAUUACAAUCCAUGUCUAAAUUUUAUUUUGAUUUCGUAACAGACCCUCAAUAGUGUCUUUCAAAAGCCUUUAUACUGUCAUUUCUAUUUUUACUGUUGAUUUUGUAUUGAGCCUGUUUUGGAUUUUAUAUCUUUAACUGACCACCUCACAAUCAUUGGAAGCUGGGCUGCCACAUGUCCUCUUUUAUAAGCAGUCUUAUUUAUUUCCUUUAAUUCCUGUAUUCUAGUCAUGACUACUAUUUUGCUGGGUUUUUGUCAAUC